AUGCACGAUUCUGCAGACUGGAUGUCUGACGUGGAAAGCGAUGAGCUUCCAGGGAUGGAACCCGGGUCACCUUCCCUCGACCCGGCACAGGUUAGCGCCGUUCGGCGAGGCCUUGGCUCCUGGUUAUUGCGCGUUGCUUCAUUCCAGGAGGUGGAGACAAUCCAACUCAGCACCAGGUGGCUUGAUGCCAGCUCCGCAGCAGAAGUCAACCGAGUGCUAGACAACCUGCUACUGAAAGAUCCCGAAGCUGGAUGGGUAACUUGUGCAUCCGAGAAUGAGCUUUGCAAGUGUGCCAGCGGCCACGUGCGCUACGGCCAUCGACAAAAGGGUUGGUACACAAAGAAGGGUAAGGAGGAGAUCGCCUGCUUGCUCGACAAAUUCGGCAAGACAGACAUGGCCUACGGCAUGCUGAAGACAUGCCAAUGCCACGACCCACCUCAUCGUGAAGUUGGAGUGGAAGACCUUGCGGCACUGGUCCAGCUGCCAUCAGAUCCAGGAGGCCGAAAUGAAGCUGGUGCUGCUCCAGGCACCCUCUGGAAGGUCAUCGAUGGCUUAGUAGCAUGGAUCGAGAAGGCCGACUCGCCACAGCUCUUGGCACUGUCCCGGGUUUACCAGUGGAUGGAAGGUAGCGGCGGCUUCUCAAAGAUUGGGGCAGCAAUUGCCAAAGCUGCAACAAAGGCCACCCUUGCUGGAAAGACGUGCGAGGAUGGCUCCAAGGCCGAACUGAAGAGAUGCCCGCAGUACUCGCUGGAGCUUUGUCCGGCUGCUUGUGGGAAGCACCUCGAUCUCCAAAAGCAGAAGUGGAGGGCUGGGCCACCAAAGGGAAUUACAGAAGAGUGUCGCUCGUCCGGGGUGGCCCAGCUUUGGUCGUGUGACCGCACCUCCUCGAGAGUGCCAGGGGAGGGGCACGCGCAUGCAACGGCCCAGCACAUUCUGGACCAGAGCCUCCAGGCAAUGUGCGAGGAGACAGCCCUGCAACCUCUAUGGCAGACAUUCUUGGAUUGUGAUUUCUUGGACCAGUACCUCAGAUGGACCUCCGAAUCUGGCUGGGUGGAGGAAGCCUUCGUGACAUACGUCGCUGGAGUGCAGGAUUCCAUCUAUGCCCUGCAGGCUACCAACCUUGUCCGCUCAAUUGACCUCUUCUCCUCGAAGCCGGUUAUCGUGGUGGUCUUCGACGAGCAGUAUAUCCCACCAUGGCAGUGGCGGCACUUCCCCAACGUAAUCGUGUACAAGAUGCUGCCUCUGCCAGGAAAAGCUGUUUCCUUCAACUUCAACAAGCUCCGUGCCAUGAUUGCUUCGCGAACCCUAGUGGCUGUUCAGCUGGACACCGAUCAGCUGAUUGCGCCAGAGGUGGAGAGGAUGUUUGCCGCUUCUCGUCGCGAGAUCCACUCGCACUACCCAUGGCCGAUGCUGCCAGUCCACUGGAUGUCGAGAGAUGCCAAGAAAGGAGAGCUUUACUCCGAUAUGAACUUCGAAGGGUGGGCUGGCCAAAGGACUAUGAGGUGGGGUCAUGCUCACCCGACAUGGACAUACUGGGCCUUACCCUUUCUAGCUGAUCUCCUCCACGAGAGGUUUGUCGCUGGUUUCAAGACCAAGGCGAAGGCCGGGAGCAUCCAGGUGUGGGACCUGAACGCAGCAUCCUCCGACGGACUUCUGGCCGUUAUCGAGGAUCGAAAGAAAUCCCCUCGACAGGUCAAGUAUGGGUCGUUUAUGAUGGAGGACGAGGACAUGCUCAAUGUCGGACUGUGGCGUGACAAGGCCACCAAGGAGUGGUGCAAGUUCGACUUGGAAUGGGCUUUGUUCAAGGAGAGAUGGCAGCUGGAUCCGAAACCUAUGCAAGACUCCAAGUGGUAUCCGGACGGUGUGCCAGUCGUGUACCUGUCCAUGCACAACACGAAGCAGUUCGAGGUGACGGAUUGGCUUCUGUCUUGGUUUGCGCGAUGCCACAGCUUCAAGCCAGCCAAGUGUUCAACCUCAGGCAAGGCACCGCCUCCUCAAUGUCAGGAGGAUUCGUCGGCAGAGCGGAAGCUCAGACGACGUCCGCACCAGUAUGUGGAAGACAUGUGCUGCUGCAUGGAGCCCCGCCUGAGCAAAUGGAUCUAUUGGGGCGGCAAAUGGUUUGACAAUGGACAGGCGGUGCCAGGCAAAAUGCCGGGCAUGCAGAAGAACAGAACCUGCACUCUGCCCUGA